AAAUCAGGGAAUGUAUGUACAGUUACACGUAUACAAACUGCACCCACUAGAAUACAUGCAGACACGAGUGCCAAGGGGACGAUAAAAGCGUAGUACACAACACAGAAGGAAAUAGCAACAUAUACUAGAUAAUUAAAACGCCAUCGACUCCGAAGGAAACGUCAGAAUAAGAACAACAAGUGGCAUCAGUCGACAAAAUGAAAAAAUCUAUGUUCUUGUUGGUACUUUUCUUUGCCAUGCACAAUACAAUGUAUUUUGUCAAAGGUGCUGGUUGGUCCGUAUGGAUGAAUCGAGAUUACCCAGACGGAUAUGGGGAUUUUGAAACAACACGAGACUACAGAUCGGAAAAGCGGUUGCCAUGUGAAGCCCCGUCUGCAAUAGAAUGUAGGACUGUGAGGACCCAUAUUCCUGCUUCCAAAACAGGCCAGGUGUUUCAUAAGAAAGCUGCUUGUUCUGUAGAAGGUGGAUUAGCAUGUUACAACAGAAAACAGAAAAACCGUCGAUGUCUGAACUAUGAAGUGAGAUAUUUCUGCAAAGAAGAUGACAACGUUUGUUCUGAGCCAGAAUCACAUGUGCAAGAGCUCCCUCGUGGAUGCGAACCUAGAACGUUUGAUGUGAAAAAAUGUAAUGAAAGCGCAUGCAAGAAUCAAAAAGCUGAAAGGCGAUACGGUAGUAAGCCAGAAUAUUGUUGUGGUCCUACUUUACAAGAAACUGUGGUCGUGGAAUGUGACAAUGAUAUAAGCAUCAAUGUUGUGGUGACGGAAAAUGCGGCUGUAUUGUUUGUAACCAAGUUACAGACCCAGAGACAGGGGAAGUGUCUACUCAAGAUACGUCCGUGGUUUUCUAUGGAAGAGCAUUUGGAGUAG